CAUCGUAGAGCGCAUCAGAUAAACGGCUAAAAAGCAAAUCCUCCGGGAAGAAGAAUAAGACGAAGAUGCAACCGACAGAGACGUCGCGGCCGGCGUCGGCGGAUCAAGGCCGCCGGCUUAAGGAUCAGUUAUCGGAGAGUAUGAGCUUCAGUAGCCAAAUGAAGAAGGAAGACGAUGAGUUGUCUAUGAAAGCUUUGUCGGCGUUUAAGGCUAAAGAAGAGGAGAUCGAGAAGAAGAAGAUGGAGAUCAGAGAAAGAGUUCAAGCUCAGCUUGGUCGUGUUGAAGAUGAGUCCAAGCGUCUCGCUAUGAUUCGUGAGGAACUUGAAGGUUUUGCUGAUCCCAUGAGGAAGGAAGUUACUAUGGUGCGGAAGAAGAUUGAUUCUCUCGACAAAGAAUUAAAGCCAUUGGGGAAUACAGUUCAGAAGAAGGAAACAGAGUACAAGGAUGCUCUUGAAGCAUUCAAUGAAAAGAACAAGGAGAAGGUGGAGCUGAUCACCAAGCUACAAGAGUUGGAGGGAGAAAGCGAGAAACUGAGGUUCAAGAAGCUGGAGGAGCUAAGCAAAAACAUUGAUCUUACCAAACCUUAGUGUUGGACUAGCACAGUCCCUGGGAUUGGGCUAUAUAAAAGUUAUAAAAAAUAUCACUGUUA